AUGUCACGCUCCUUUCUGGCGAGUAUUCCCCCUACUCUCGCUGAGGUCUCUCGUCGACUAAACGAAGCCAGAACCAACGAGAAUAAGAGCGAUAUAUUGUUCAGGAAAUUCUUCGAGCUGUUGUUGACACCGGGCAACGAUGACGAACUGGGGAGCACGUUCUACUGCCUCGAACUUGGCCUUUACCUCUUGGCCAUUCCACUCAAUCUGGCGGUUUGUUGGGCAGUUACGCAAACGAACACGUUCCAUCCGAAUCUGCGGUUGAUUCUGUUCAGCAUCAUUAUGUGUGGAGUUUUGCAGGUAAGGAGAGAUUUCUCCGCUUCUCUGCAUUAACCAUAAAUUUUCAGGCUUCAGUCCGAUCAAUUUGUGUCCUCAACAUCCUCACGUAUGAGAUGCUGGUUCCCACGGUGGUGGUGUUCAAACUGAUAGACCUGCGCGCAUUUUUUAUGAACCAAAUGUUGUUGUCAUUUUUGAACGUGUUCAUCGAGCGGUUCAUUGCGCUCAAACUGUCCGCCAGAUACGAAAAAGCUCCGCUGUAUAUUGGGGUUGUGAUAACUGCUUGUUGGGUAGGUAUAUACGCACAUAUAUACGCAGUUGCAUCAGUCUGUCGGGAAAAUAAUGAGCACUUUGUAGCGUGGAAAAUCGUUUCGCCGUUAAGAAAAUGAAUUGUGUCGCGGAAAAAUCAAAUUUCUGUUCACUUCAUCGACGCGAUCGGCGCAGCCACAAUGGGCUCAUUAUUUUCCCGACAUUCAUAACACAUUUAAAAAGUCUUUUUCUCUAUUGAUUUGUAAUUUUCUUUCAGUGGAUAUCAACGUAUCUUCUGACUUACGGAACUGGCAAGUUUUCUUCUUGUUAGAAUAAUCGGAAUCAAACAACACACGAUGCAUAAUUAUUUUAUCUCCGUGAUUUUUUAGGACUCAGAUCGGUCACAAUUCUUUACGUCAUCUCUCCUUGUGUGGUGAGUUGUUUCAGUGGUAACAGCUUGCUCGUCGCGCCAUAAAGUCCGUUAAAUUUUUCUGUGUAAAAUUGGUAUAUAUUUCGACCAAAAAUUAAAAAAGAAAAGCCAAGAACUUCUACACACACGCGCUUUUCUAGAAAUUUAUCAAGGCUGAAAUGUUGUACUGUUCGCGCCAUAAAGUCUAAAGAAUUUUUUAACCCCACCUUGUUCCAAUGUCAUCAUCCGAGUUUUGUUGCAGGCUUUACUCCUUUCCAAUCGUUGGAUAAAACGGCAUAACAAGGUGGUCUCCACUGGCAGUGUCUCUCUUUCCAAGCGCUACCAAAUGAACGAAAACAUCAAAACCCUGAGAAUGUGCCGGCCGUGGAUUAUCUUCUACUUGAUUACCAAUGUUGUGCACGCGCUUCUCUUGUACGCCGCAAUUUGCUCUUUUUUAAUGGACGGCAAGAACUCGGUGAAACUUUUGAUGCAAGCAAUGGACGUUUUAUACGCUGUUUAUGUCGCCGCGUACGGAUUAAUCUUGGUAAAUGGUCACCAAGGGCUGAGGGCCCAUUUCAGGUACGGGUUUGAGUUUUUUGCAGGUUCAUGCUGGAAAAAAAGUUUAGAUUAAAAAUCACCUUGUUUAGGGUCCUACUGGGGAAUCGAUCAAAGGUCACCGUGGAAUCUUUCAAUUACCUUGCCACUAAUUUAAGAACGAAUAAUGAAAACUUCGACGGGCAUUUCAAGAGGCUAAGACGAGCAUGGGCAUAA